AUGGAUGGGUCAGAAAAAGCGCCGGGCGCAAGCUCGGAUGACAUCCAGUUCGAUACCGAAAGUGCCAUGACGAUCACCGGCGACGAAACUCCCGGCAAGGAGAGCCCCAACCUCAAAGGAAAUGACUGGAGCAUGAUGACCAAGCUCCAGGAGGAGAACGAUCGCAACUUGGCUGCUGGAUUCAGAAAACAGGAACUUGGCAUCACCUGGCAGGAUCUGUCCGUGCAAGUAAUAAGUUCAGAGGCCGCCGUGAAUGAGACUGUCCUCUCCCAGUUCAAUAUUCCCACCAAAAUCAGAGAGGGACGACGAAAGCCUCCUCUGCGAACGAUCCUCAACAAGAGCCAUGGCUGCGUGAAGCCCGGUGAAAUGUUGCUAGUGCUGGGCCGCCCUGGCUCUGGCUGCACGACAUUGUUGAAAAUGCUUGCUAAUAGACGAGGAGGAUACAAAUCAGUGGAGGGCGAUGUUCGCUUUGGAUCAAUGCAGCCCAAGGAGGCUGAAAUGUUCCGAGGCCAGAUUGUGAUGAACACCGAAGAAGAGAUAUUUUUCCCAGCCCUAACAGUUGGUCAAACUAUGGACUUUGCCACGCGCCUCAAGGUGCCCUUUCAUCUGCCAGACGGCAUGACUGCCUUGGAAUACCAACAAGCAUCGAAAAAGUUCCUCCUCGAAGCCGUCGGAAUUUCUCACACCGAGGACACCAAGGUCGGUAAUGAAUACGUUCGUGGAGUCAGCGGUGGUGAACGCAAGCGAGUUUCUAUCAUCGAAUGUAUGGCCACUCGAGGCUCCGUCUUCUGCUGGGAUCAAUCGACUCGUGGUCUUGACGCUUCUACUGCCCUUGAAUGGACGAAGGCUAUCCGAGCCAUGACCGACACACUCAAUCUGUCAACCGUGGUUACCCUCUACCAAGCUGGUAAUGGCAUUUACGAUUUGUUCGACAAAGUUCUCGUGCUUGAUGAAGGAGAGCAGAUCUUCUAUGGUACUAGAGAGCAAGCUAGGCCAUUCAUGGAGGAAGCCGGAUUUAUCUGCCGCGAAGGUUCCAACAUCGCCGAUUACCUUACUGGUGUCACCGUACCCACUGAGCGCAGAAUUCGAGAAGGCUUCGAGAGCCGCUUCCCGCGCAACGCCGAGGCGUUGAGAGCGGAGUAUGAGAAAUCACCGAUCUAUACUCAAAUGGUAGCAGAUUACUCUUACCCGGACUCCGAGCUCGCCCGCGAGCGGACUGAGGAGUUCAAGAAAGGCGUGGCUUUUGAAACCUCCAAAACCUUGCCUAAGAACAGCCCUUUCACCGUUGGCUUCGCUGAUCAGGUUAAGAUCUGCGUGCAGCGCCAGUACCAAAUCCUUUGGGGUGACAAAGCUACGUUCAUAAUCAAGCAGGUGGCAACACUAUGCCAGGCCUUGAUUGCUGGCUCGCUGUUCUAUGAUGCCCCUGAUAACUCUGGUGGACUUUUCAUCAAAUCCGGUGCCCUUUUCUUCUCCCUUCUUUACAACAGCUUGCUUGCCAUGAGUGAAGUGAACGAGUCCUUCUCUGGAAGACCCGUGUUGAUCAAGCACAAGGGCUUCGCUUACUUCCACCCGGCCGCUUUCUGUCUUGCCCAAAUUGCUGCGGAUAUACCUGUAUUGCUUUUCCAAGUUUCCAUGUUUGGUCUAGUUCUUUACUUCAUGGUUGGACUCUCAAUUUCUGCUGGAGCAUUCUUCUCCUACUGGAUUAUCGUGUUCACAACCACAAUGACUAUGACUGCCCUCUUCCGAGCCGUAGGAGCUCUAUUUUCUACCUUUGAUGGAGCCUCCAAGGUCUCCGGUACGCUGAUCAUGUUCACCGUUCUGUACACCGGUUAUAUGAUCCCAAAGCCUGCAAUGCACCCGUGGCUCGGUUGGAUCUUCUGGAUCGAUCCGCUUGCCUAUGGGUUCGAGGCUUUGCUAAGUAUCGAAUUUCAUGAUAAGAGCGUCAUUCCAUGCGUCGGAACGAAUCUAAUUCCUACCGGCCCCGGAUACGAGAAUGUCCAGGCGCAUCAAGCUUGCGCUGGUGUGGCUGGCGCGAUCCAAGGCCAGAACUUCGUGGUUGGCGACAACUAUCUAGCGUCGCUCUCGUACAGUCACUCGCAUGUCUGGCGCAACUUCGGUAUCAACUGGGCCUGGUGGGCUUUGUUCGUUUUUGUCACGAUCGUUGCAACUUCGAGGUGGCAGUCACCCUCCGAGUCGGGAAGCACGCUGGUCAUCCCUCGUGAAUACUUGCACAGGCACGUCAAAAAUCAGCAAAAGGAUGAAGAAGGCCAAGGUUCUGAGAAGCGGGUUUCCCAAACCAAGGAUGAGGCCCCAAACCUUGACAACCAGUUGGUCCGCAACACGUCCGUCUUCACAUGGAAGGAUCUUUCAUACACGGUUCAGACCCCUACGGGUGACAGGGUUCUCCUCGACAACGUCCAUGGCUGGGUGAAACCUGGUAUGCUCGGUGCUUUGAUGGGCUCCUCUGGCGCCGGCAAGACAACUCUGCUUGAUGUUCUCGCUCAGCGCAAAACAGAAGGAACUAUCAAUGGUUCUAUCAUGGUUGAUGGUCGUCCACUACCAGUCUCGUUCCAACGCUCAGCCGGCUAUGUUGAGCAAUUGGACAUCCACGAACGUAUGGCAACAGUCCGGGAAUCAUUGGAGUUCUCUGCCCUAUUGCGCCAACCUGCUACCACUCCCCGCGAAGAGAAACUUGCUUACGUGGAUGUCAUCAUCGACUUGCUCGAGCUCCAUGAUCUGGCUGAUACCAUGAUCGGCAGUGUUGGAGCUGGAUUGAGUGUCGAACAACGCAAGCGUGUUACUAUCGGAGUCGAACUUGUUUCCAAGCCUAGCAUUCUCAUCUUCCUUGACGAACCUACUAGCGGUCUUGAUGGCCAGAGCGCGUACAAUACCGUCAGAUUCCUUCGCAGACUUGCAGAUGCUGGCCAGGCUGUCCUAGUCACCGUGCAUCAACCAUCUGCGCAGCUUUUCGCCGAGUUUGAUCAGCUUCUUCUUUUAGCUAAAGGAGGCAAGACUGUGUUCUUCGGUCCUAUUGGUGAAAAUUCCCAGGGCAUCAAGAGCUAUUUCUCGCGCUACGGAGCUCCAUGCCCGCCUGAGACUAACCCUGCUGAGCACAUGAUCGACGUGGUUUCGGGUCAACUGAGUCAGGGUAAGGAUUGGAACAAGGUCUGGCUGGAGUCACCUGAACACGGUGCCAUGCUCAAGGAGCUUGACGAGAUCAUUGAGACCGCUGCAUCGAAGCCGCAAGCUACCAACGAUGACGGUCGGGAGUUUGCUACUAGCCUCUGGGAGCAGACGAGUCUGGUUUUGAAACGUACCUCAACAGCCUUGUACCGAAACGGCGACUACAUUAACAACAAGUUUGCCCUCCACAUCUCUUCAGGCUUGUUCGUGGGAUUCAGUUUCUGGAUGAUUGGUGACUCAGUCUCGGAUCUUCAGAGUGUGUUAUUCUUCAUCUUCAAUGCCAUCUUUGUCGCUCCUGGUGUGAUCAAUCAACUCCAGCCGACCUUCCUUGAACGUCGCGAUCUGUUCGAAGCACGCGAGAAGAAAGCCAAGAUGUACUCCUGGAAAGCGUUCACUUUCGCCUUGAUUGUCUCGGAGUUCCCAUAUCUGGUUGUGUGUGCCGCUCUCUUCUUCAACUGCUGGUAUUGGACGGCCGGUAUGGCAGUUGAAUCGAGUAAGAGCGGUAGCAUGUUCUUCGUGUUUUUCCUCUACGAGUUCCUCUACACUGGAAUUGGUCAAUUUGUCGCUGCGUAUGCACCGAACGCCCAGCUGGCUGCCAUGAUAAACCCUCUCGUACUGGGCACAAUGAUCUCUUUCUGUGGUGUCUUGGUCCCCUACGCCCAAAUCGUCAGCUUCUGGCGAUACUGGAUUUACUGGCUCAACCCAUUCAACUACCUUAUGGGCAGCAUGUUGGUCUUUGGACUGUUCGAUCGCGAAGUCAAUUGUAAGGAGCAAGAAUUCGCCAAGUUCGAUGCACCCAAUGGAACCACUUGCGGUGAAUACCUGAGCGAUUUCAUGCAGACCAUGGGUACCCGUAUGAACCUCAUCAACCCCGAGGCUACCGAAGGAUGCCGCGUGUGUCAAUACACCCGUGGAUCCGAUUACCUUGUCACUAUCAACCUGAUGGACUACUACUACGGCUGGAGAGACACCGCUAUUGUGGCUCUGUUUGUGAUCAGCUCGUAUUCGCUGGUGUUUGGUCUCAUGAAAUUGAGAACCAAGGCAUCCAAGAAGGCCCAGUGAUUGGGAUUUGGACCUUCAGGGGAUGUGAAUUGUCGACUUUUUUCAAAAGUUAAUCUCCACUAGACUUGCUUCUUUUUCUUCUCAUGCCACGCCACCACCUAGAGGUGUGAGUAUAUGUUUCUUUUUUUUUUCUUUGCAGAUAGUUAUAGAAACUAUAGACCUGUUCUCAUUUGAAA